GUGACAGGAGGAGCGUUUAGCGGCUGAGUUGAGAGUUUGGUGUUUCGGCGGCUUGAGAAAGGCGAGGAUUUCUUCCUUUGCUUCCGUUUACGGCGGCAGUUUGGCUGCUUGGACCUUUAGGUCUUGUCUUGUCUUCUGGUUGCUGCCGCCAUCAUGUCCUCUGAUUUCGAGGGCUACGAGCAAGACUUUUCGGUUCUUACCGCUGAGAUCACGAACCGCAUCGGAAAAGUCCCCAAGUUGGUAGGAGAUGAGAAGAGACAGUUGGUUUCAAAUGUGGAAAAGCAGCUGGAAGAAGCAAGGGAGUUGUUGGAACAAAUGGAACUUGAAGUGCGUGAAAUCCCUCCACAGAGCCGAGCCAUGUACAGCAGUAGAAUGAAGAGCUACAAGCAAGAAAUGGAAAAACUUGACACAGAUUUUAAAAGGUCACGGAUUGCCUACAGUGACGAGGUGCGGAAUGAGCUCCUAGGGGACGAUGGGAAUUCCUCAGAGAUCCAGUUGAUAAAAUUACGUGAAGAGAGGGCACAUCUGCUCGAUAACACAGAGAGGCUGGAAAGGUCAUCUCGGAGACUAGAGGCUGGAUACCAAAUAGCAGUGGAAACUGAACAAAUUGGUCAGGACAUAUUAGAAAAUCUCAGUCAGGAUAGAGAAAAGAUCCAGCGUUCUCGAGACAGACUUAGAGAAACUGAUGCAAACUUGGGAAAGAGUUCAAGAAUCCUUACAGGAAUGUUACGAAGGUAAGAGCAAGAAUCAUCCAGAACCGGAUUUUGCUUGUUAUCUUGGCUGUCAUCAUCAUUUUUGCAGUCCUGAUGGUUAUUUUUUUUUCUAUCAGGGGACAUUGAUAUCUUUGUUCUUUGCUAACCAGCAGCAAACAGCUUCAGAAUCAUGAAGACAAAGUGGUCACAUGAAUCAUUCUCUUGCACUGAAAUGGCUCUCCUUCUCAAAGCCCACAGUCUAUCUCUGGUGCAAAUAGCAGAAGUGUAUGUGUCAUUAUUGGCUGCAUGUUGAUUAAAUAAUUGUCUUUGGUUUAGCAAUAUUUCAUAAUAGGAAUUUCCAUAUUUAGCAUAUGGAAUGGCAAACAUAAUUAUCAGCUAUAAAGACUGCCGUCAUAAUUACUGAACUAAAUUUAAGGUUUAAGGGCAAAUAAUUUACACUGGUAAUGACAACAAUUGACACCCACGAUUUGUACUGAAUUGGUAUUUAAAUCUUUAUCAGAAUCUCCUUUUAUAAUCCUGGAAAUAGAGGCAAAUAAAUAAAUCCAUAUCCAUCCCUUGUCACUUUCCUAACUCUCUAAUAUAUCUCUAAAAGCAAAGAAGCAGUUUCUAAUAAAUAUACCACUUUUUUUGAAAGUACAAUUUAAUGUCCACUGUGAACUUAAUAUUUCAAGGUUUAUCAGUUUUCUUACCUUGGAUUUUCAUCUGCCCCGUGUUCUGAAUUGUCAGCUAAGUUUAUUUUGUAAGUUUUUCCUAUCACCAUGACAUUACACAUUUAGUUUUGCUUUGUACUAUUGUUAUUUUAAUGUGUAUGGAAUUCAAAUCAAGAACAUACUGUUUAAUAUGUUUAGGAGAUCACUCCAUGUCAUUUCUGGAUCUUAAUGUAAGAAAAUGAUGGCAUUUAAAAAUCUGUGAAUUGUGCUAGAAUCAAUGUGAUGGUACUGUGGUUGAAAGAAUAUUCUGAAUGAAUUGUAUCCAAAGUGGUCAUUUAUUAAAAAAAUGUCUUAAGUUAAUAUUUUUGGAUAAAAUCUGUCCACAUCAGGCUCUGUAAAAUAAAUUAAGCCAGAUUUCACGUAUCUCCCCUUAGCCUUGUUUUCAUAAUGAUUUUGCCCUCUCAUCUCCAACCCAGUUCACAUCAUCUGUAUUUGGAUACUGCAUUGUAAGCCAAGUUAUAACCAAAUCCUCAUUCUUGUACCCUUUGUAUAGCCAAGAUAAGUUUACUGUAUAGUCUAUGCAGGAAUAUUGUCCAAUAUUCCUGCAUAGACUAGUCAGUUUACCUAGGAUGACCUCAAAAUCAUAUUUUCAAUGAACACACAUAUUGCUUGAACACUCCUAUUACUUUAUUAUGUGAAAAGUUUUUUUUUAUGUCUGUGCACUUUUAAUAUAUAUGACAUAAUGGAUAAGCUCUACAGUCUCACACAUAUUCUCUCAAUCCAUUGGACAUAACUGGAAAUAAAAUCUAGCAUUAAAACUGAAUUUUGUGUGAUUUUCCCUUACUCAUCCGUGUAAUUCAAAUAAGCAGUUUCCUCCACUGCCCCUAAUAAUUGUCAAUCCCACAAUCUGUGAACAUAUAAUGUAGUAUCCACAUUUACUAGUGAAUUAACUUUAUUUGGUUUUCAAUUUCCCUGAAUGUUGAGAACUAUGGAAACUGUGUUUCCCAAUGUUCCUUCAAUUCAUUGGACAUUGCUCCACAUAUUGUAACAGCUUUUAAAACCCUGCUGUGCUAUCCACAAUAAGCUGAGCAGAGAUGAUAGAGAAAGAGAAAGCUAUAGAACUGUAUUUGGAGGAACUACUGUAUAUUCUAGCCCUUUUCAGUAUACAAUCCCUGUUUGGUCAAUUUUUUUUCAGCAUUAAUGCCACUGUUUGCCACAUUAUUGUAAAAUAGUUUUGGCUAAUGUCCCUUUAUAUUCUGGUGCAUAUUAGGAAAGGAUAACACAAUUACCUAAUAAUAAUCAUGCUUUGAUAGUUAUCAUUUGCCUGGAUAGGCAAACAGGAAAUUUUCAUGAUAACUUUUGAAGUUCACUAUUUAUUUGCAAAGAUUUAAAAUUGUUAUGGAACAAACUAAACCAUAUUAUAUUACAGAGGCACAAAAUAUUGGCAAUCACCUGAAGGUCAUAAGAAUCUAAUAGCUUUAUUCUAUCUAGUAUUUAAAAUAACACUUCCAUGAUAUCCUUGUUCAAACUCUCUGGAAUGGAAUUUGGCCCUAAACAUGUUUACUAUACCCAAGCACAAAGAACUGAAUGAAUUUUAUGUUGAUGUAGCUGACUCAAAUAAAACUAGUGUAACUUAGUAAAGAAAUUCAAGAUGAAGAGAUUCACAAGAGAAAUGUUGUUUAUGGGAAAAGGUUAAGGCAUGUAUGUCUUCAGAUAAAUCAUUUAAGUUGUGUAAACAGAACCAUAGCUUUUACCUUAAUAAUAAUAGGGAAGGGCUGAGUUCAUGGGUUCUGGGCAAAAGGGGAUGAAGAAGAUGCUUUCCAGUGUUAAAAGUAUGUAUCAAAGCAGGUCAGGGGAUGUACAUUUUCACAAAUCCUUUGUUCUGAAAACAGCUACUGUAAAUAUAAAGUUCAAAGAAAAUAUAUUAAAUUGUGUUUACGGGC